AUGACACCGUUCCCCCUCCUAACUCUCCCGACCAAGAUUCUCCAAGAUGUAGUACAGAAUUUGGAGGUCAAUGAUUUAAUCGCCUUGUCAGUUUUAUCUAAGCGCACCACAAUGCUUGUCACUCCAAACAACUUCUUUGUGUAUUCAAAAGAGGCAAAAAUUGGUCAUAUUGUAUGGAUCAGAUUCUAUAUGCAUGAUUGGUUAUUUGCCAUACAAUUAAACACAGAAAUUGUGGGACCCUUGAAAUCUAUCUCUGUGGAUAAUGUCAAAAUAUAUCUGGCUGGAGUCGAUCACGACGAAGAAUAUGCAUGGGACUAUGCAGGAAGUUCAAUCGGAAAUUGGAUCAAACAUCUCCUCACUAUCAAGGAGCCUUAUAUUGACAUUACUUGCAAUGAUAGUAUUGAGAAAUUCCAUUCGGACUCGAUACGUUCAAUUUUCCCGAUAUGGAGAUUCAGUUAUAAUUAUCAAUUACGUAUACCGGAACGAUUUCAGCCGUUAUGGAUGAAACAUAAAGCGAAUCCAAGGUUGGAGCACUUGGCGUUCAUUCAUUUUCAAGGAUUCAAUGAAGAAACUUUUUUCAAAGGAAUCAAUUAUGUGACAGUUGACGAGGAGGAGGAAAGAUUCUUUUGUGAAGAGAAUGAGCGGUUCACAUAUUCUCAUAACGGAUAUCGAGCUUAUGUUUCUGGUGGUUAUGAUAUUAAGAGAGAAGAUGGGACUCGAAUGUCAAUCUUUGCGUAUGUUAACCAUCUGGAAUUUGUUGUUUGGAAUUAA